AUGGGUAAUUUACCAAAAGCAAGAGUUAAUGAAGCAAUUCCAUUUACAAUAGUUGGGGUUGACUUUUGUGGACCUUUUUUAGUCAAAGAAAAGAAAGAAAGAAAUAGAAUUAAAGUUAAAAUAUACGUAGCAGUCUUUGUAUGUCUCGUCAUCAAAGCUGUACAUCUAGAAAUGGUCAGUGAUUUAACUACAGAUUGUUUUAUUGCUGCUUUAAAAAGAUUUGUUGCAAGACGUGGUUACCCGACUGAUAUUUAUUCAGACAAUGGUUUAAAUUUUCAAGGGGCCAACAAUGAAUUGAUUAAACUGCAAGAUCAAUUAAAAUCAAACGAUGCACAAAAUAAAUUACAAGAAUUUUUUAACACAAAAAAAAUUCAAUGGCAUUUUACGCCACCACUUUCUCCACAUUUUGGCGGACUUUGGGAAGCCGCAGUCAAGUCAUUCAAACAUCAUUUUAAAAGGGUUAUUAAACCAGAUAUUUUAUUAUCACAAGAAGAAUUCAACACCUUGAUUAUUGAGAUCGAGGCAAUACUCAAUUCACGUCCACUGACACCUAUUUCAACUGAUCCAAAUGAUUUUAUGGUGCUCUCACCUGGACAUUUUUUAAUUGGACAUGCUCUCACAACUAUAAGAGAUCAUGACUACAACAACAUACCCAUGAACAGGUUGUCUAGAUGGCAACUGAUUGAACAAAUAAAACAAGAAUUUUGGCAACGUUGGCACAAUGAAUAUCUCAACGAGAUGAUCAACCGCAGUAAGUGGAACAAAGACAACAACAACAUAGAAAUAGGCGAUGUGGUCUUAUUGAAGGAAGACAACAUUCCACCUAUGCAUUAG